UGUAGGGCUCCUCCUCUCGAGGGAGCACCCUUCCCCGCCCCUUUCCUCUGGCCCCGCAGUGACCUCAUGAUGACACUAUUAUUUUGUUGUUAUUGCGUUACAUUCGGGAACACUCAGAGAAACAAAAUAUUGAGACAUUUAGCCCAGCCUCGGAGGCCCCGGGCUGGGCACAGCAACACCCCGCAAAUCCUCACGUUUGCAAGUGUGUCCACUAAUAUAUUUGUACCGUUCGGCAUCCCCUCUUAAUACAAAAAAGAAAAAACAAACCCAGAGCCGGCGAGUCGAUUCCGACUCAUAGCAACCCUAUAGGACAGGGUAGAACUGCCCCAUAGAGUUUCCAAGGAGUGCCUGGUGGAUUCGAACUGCCGAUCCUUGGGUUAGCAGCCUUAGCACUUAACCACUAUGCCACCAGGGUUUCCUCCCCUCUUAAUAAAAAUAGGGUGUGAAUAUGCCAGAAAUUCAAUGCGAAAAACGAUGGUCUCCGGCUGGUGCAUUUCCGUAUGUGACAAAGCCACAGGUACGCACGCCGAUGUGCUUAGCCUCUUCACAGAACAUACCUACCUGUUCCAGGACUUGCAAAAAAUGAGAAAGGGAGGAGUCAGGGAUGUGAAUCAAUAUGAAGAGAAGGAGGAGCCUCCACGUUUUCACGCCAGGGUGGGCAUGAUGGUUGAUCAAUAAAUGCUUAUUAUUGAAUACGUGUUUUAAGGCACAGAUAUUUUCAUGGGAGUGGGGAAAAGCAUAGGUCUCUUCCCUGGGGAGAAAGCAGCAGUCUUAGCUGGAACAAAUGAAAAGCCUCCCUUCAGCCUCACAGGGUGAUCUAGAUUUGUCAACACUUAGAUCCUAUGACUGCUGUACAUAAGCAGUAUAGUUUUAUUGAUUAAGAGUCAGGCUGCAUAAGUUCCAGCUUCGCCACUUACUAGCUGCAUAACCUUUGGCCAGUUACUUAAGCUCUCUGUGCCUGUUUUCCUCAUCUGUGAAAUGGGGAUAAAUAACAAUACACCUACCUCAUGGGUUGUUGUGAGGAUUAAAUGAGUUAAUACAUGUAGAAUGCUUAAAUAGUACUUGGCACAUAGUAAACUCUCAAUGUUAGUUAUUACUCAGGUCAUUUUACAGGUGUCAGUUGGUAAUUUCAACACCAAUUCCCUUAUCUCCAUCUGCACAAAUAAUCACAUAGCUAUAGUCACCUCUCCAUACAUCACUAUCUGGAAGAUAUGCAGGAGAAGAGGCAUUUGGCAGAGCCAGAGAGGUUUGAGUCUUGAAGCAAAGGAACUAGGACAACACCUCCACAUCCCUCUUGUCUUCGAUUCCUCACCUACUCUCCUCUCUUUCAGGUCCUAAGUCAAGGGCAAGACAAAACCUUAGAGCGAAGGGGAACUGGCUGGCAAGAAUCUUGGUUGUGUGGUUAAGUAUAAAGUGUAUCAGAAUUAUAAUCAGAAGACUAGACCCAAAACUUCGUUUCACCUCUUCCUGGUCUCUCUGAGCCUUGGUUUCUUUUUCUACAGAAUAGGGAUACUAAUCCCACCCCUCAGGACUGUCAUAAGGGUGAUAUAUAUGAAACUGUGUUAUAAACUAUUAAGUGUUAUAGACAUGUUAAUUAUUGUGAAAAAUGUAAUUGAACAUGGAGCAUAGUGGUUUUGUCUGGUUAUAGGUUACUAGUCUUCCUCUACAACUCAUUCUCCCCAUACCUACUUGGUCCCUUAAGCAGCAGGUGGUUGGUCAGUGGGGUAGGUGACUGAGCAAUAGUUACAUUGCAAGAUGUAAGUAUUCAGGGCUCAUUGGGAUAUGCAGAGCGGGUGGUGAGUACAAAUGUAAACUAGGAUGCAGGACUAUGAGGGUGACAAAUCAAGUGUGUAUGGAUUCCUGUAAGAGUUCGGGAUUGUACCUGUGACCUGGCUUGACACACACUCCCAGAACCAACACCCAUCUUAAUUGGCUACCUUCUACAGGAGGUCCUAGUACACUUGUUAAGAUUCUCCAUCCUCCUGGCUGAAGAAUCAUAGCAGGUACUGGCUGGCAGGGCUGACGGACCAACACUAGAGGGGGUGGGAGGUACAGGAGGUAGUGCUGUCUCAGGCUGUGGGUUUGAACCUCACCAGUCAGGAAGUGAGGCCGACAGACAGACGGAAGGGCGGGCAGGGCCGGGAGUUCUGGGGCACACCAGAAGGGCCUUUUGGGGGCUAGGGCCUGCGGGACCAUGGGCUUUGGGGCCAGAGGUUGCUGUUAGCCUGGCAAGACAGGUCUGGGCACCAUGAAUGCUCAGAGGCAGCUGGCUGUAGCCACAGUGAGAGCAGAAGUCAGACGACAUGAGGUGGCCAAGGAGGCUCUGAGCCGCCUCAGGAAGCUUGCAGAGAGAGUGGGUAACCCUGAACUUCGGGAGAGCAUCCAGGCCUCACUGGACAGCAUAGGAGAAGCUUUGAUCAAUAGCCAGGAAUGGACUUUGAGCCGCUCCAUUCCUGAACUGCGCCUGGGUGUGCUGGGUGAUGCUCGGAGUGGGAAGUCAUCCCUCAUCCACCGAUUCCUGACUGGUUCAUACCAGGUGCUGGAGAAGACAGAGAGUGAGCAGCACAAGAAAGACAUGUUGGUGGAUGGACAGACUCAUCUGGUGCUAAUCCGAGAGGAAGCUGGGGCACCUGAUGCCAAGUUCUCAGGCUGGGCAGAUGCUGUGAUCUUUGUCUUCAGCCUGGAGGAUGAGAACAGUUUCCAGGCCGUAAGCCGUUUCCAUGGGCAGCUGAGCUCCCUUCGAGGGGAGGGCCGGGGAGGCCUGGCCCUCGCACUGGUGGGGACACAAGAUAGGAUCAGUGCUUCCUCCCCUCGGGUCGUGGGAGAUGCUCGUGCCAGGGCUCUGUGUGCGGAUAUGAAACGUUGCAGCUACUAUGAGACUUGUGCAACCUAUGGGCUCAACGUGGACCGGGUCUUCCAGGAGGUGGCCCAGAAGGUGGUGACCUUACGGAAACAACAACAGCUUCUGGCUGCCUGCAAGUCCCUACCCAGCUCCCCAAGCCACUCAGCUGCUUCUACCCCCAUAGCUGGGCAGGCUAGUAACGGUGGUCACACUAGCGAUUACUCUUCCUCCCUUCCAUCCUCACCCAAUGUCGGUCACCGGGAACUCCGAGCUGAGGCAGCUGCAGUGGCUGGAUUGAGCACACCAGGAUCCCUGCACCGGGCAGCCAAGCGUAGGACCAGCCUUUUUGCGAAUCGUCGGGGCAGUGACUCUGAGAAACGGAGCUUGGACAGUCGAGGGGAGACCACAGGGAGCGGGCGAGCCAUCCCCAUUAAACAGAGCUUUCUCCUAAAGCGAAGCGGCAACUCCUUGAACAAAGAAUGGAAGAAGAAGUAUGUGACCCUAUCCAGUAAUGGCUUCCUACUGUACCACCCCAGCGUUAAUGAUUACAACCACAGUACCCACGGCAAGGAGAUGGACUUGCUACGGACAACAGUCAAAGUCCCUGGCAAGAGGCCCCCACGGGCCAUUUCUGCUUUUGGCCCCUCAGCCAGCAUCAACGGGCUGGUCAAGGACAUGAGCACUGUCCAGAUGGGUGAAGGCCCUGAAGCCACCACUCCCACCCCAAGCCCAAGCCCCAGUCCCAGUUCCCUGCAGCCACCACCAGACCAGACAUCUAAGCACCUGCUGAAGCCAGACCGGAAUUUGGCCCGCGCCCUCAGCACUGACUGUACCCCAUCUGGAGACCUGAGCCCCCUGACUCGGGAACCCCCUCCUUCUCCCAUGGUGAAGAAGCAGAGGAGGAAGAAAUUGACAACACCAUCUAAGACUGAAGGCUCUGCCGGGCAGGCUGAAGAGGAAAACUUCGAGUUCCUGAUCGUGUCCAGCACUGGCCAGACGUGGCACUUUGAGGCAGCCAGUUUUGAGGAGCGGGACGCCUGGGUCCAGGCCAUCGAAAGUCAGAUCCUAGCCAGUCUGCAAUGCUGUGAGAGCAGCAAGGUCAAGCUGCGCACCGACAGCCAAAGCGAAGCCGUGGCCAUCCAGGCAAUCCGUAACGCCAAGGGGAACUCUACCUGCGUGGACUGCGGGGCCCCCAACCCCACGUGGGCCAGCUUGAACCUGGGUGCACUCAUCUGCAUCGAGUGCUCUGGCAUCCACCGGAACCUGGGCACACACCUGUCCCGCGUUCGCUCGCUCGACUUGGAUGAUUGGCCGCGGGAGCUGACCCUGGUGCUGACGGCCAUUGGCAACGACAUGGCCAACCGCGUGUGGGAGAGUGACACUCGGGGUCGUGCCAAGCCCACGCGGGACUCUUCGCGGGAGGAGCGUGAGUCAUGGAUUCGUGCUAAGUACGAGCAGCUGCUGUUUCUGGCGCCGCUGGGCACCACCGAGGAGCCUCUGGGCCGCCAGCUGUGGGCUGCAGUGCAGGCCCAGGACGUGGCCAUGGUCCUCCUGCUCCUGGCCCAUGCGCGACACGGACCGCUGGACACCAGCGUAGAGGACCCUCAGCUCCGUUCCCCGCUCCACCUGGCGGCUGAACUGGCCCACGUCGUCAUCACGCAGCUGCUGUUGUGGUAUGGUGCGGACGUGUCCGCCCGCGACGCGCAGGGCCACACGGCGCUGUUCUACGCGCGCCAGGCUGGGAGCCAGCUGUGCGCCGACAUUCUUCUCCAGCAUGGCUGCCCCGGUGAGGGCGGCAGCACGGCCACCACCCCCAGCGCGGCCACCACCCCCAGCAUUACCGCCACUCCUAGCCCGCGUCGUCGGAGCAGCGCUGCCAGCGUGGGCCGCGCUGACGCCCCCGUCGCGCUGGUAUAGUUGCCCAGCGGGAGAGACACCCCCCUCACACGGGUCGGGCACUGCUACACCGGGUGGACCGCUGGACAAAUGCACCCACUCACCUCUUCAAUCCACACCCCGCCCCACGGGAGCACUUCCUCCUCCCACGAGGGCACAGCCCCCACGUCCCAGAGGACACAAACUCACCUCCCGCUCCCCAGUGACGCAUGGAGACCCCAACUCAACACGCCCCCUCUGCACUGUUUCCACGCGGAUUCCUUUGGGUCUACCGAAGGGCGCGCCCCCGCCGCGGCACUAGACCCUGGGCGCUUGGACCUGCCCGCUUGCGCCCCCUAGGGGUGGGGAAAGACCCAGACCUGCCUGUGCUGGACAAUCCUUUGGCGGGAGCCCAUACCCAGGCUGGCUCCUGGGGCGACGCCACACCAGAGGGAGGGGUUAGUACGUGGAAGAGCUAGUCUUGGGACCUGGGGCCAAUAUGGGGAACCCUAGCUUUCCAUGUUGAUCUCACUGCCGAGUGAUGGGAGAAGGGCAGAGAGGGGCAGGACCCCUGCUGCCCAUGGGGGUGGGGAGUCCCCAACCCUUUCCGUGAAAGGGACCAUGAGGAGUGGAAAUCAGAACGUCCCCCCACACCUACCCAUGGAUGGAAGCUAAAGGGCUGGUGGAGCCAAGAGCCUGGGCCCCUCCUAGCUACUAUCCCGGGGGAGAGAAAGGAUGGAGCAGGAGCGGGCUAAGAGGGCUGGGGAGGGGCCUUGUAAUUUAUUGCUUUUUUCCCCAUCAAGGGA